UCCGCGCUCCAAAGUUCAAAUUGAGACACAUAGACAAGAAGAUCGAAAUGGAGGUUUCUGGGAAGAUAACUGAGGACACAAAGCCAAUCCUUCAAUUAUACUGUCUUCCAUGCGACCAAGAUGGGCUGAAGGCGCCGGCUCAUGGCUUUUGUCAAGACUGUCAUGAGCACCUCUGCAAAACUUGCUUUGAACAGCAUACAAGGCCAAAGCCAUCUAGGAAUCACAUUUUGCUGGACAAAGACGCUAUGCCACUGCAGCCAAUUACCUUUGACAUUAACGUGGACCCCAUAACGGACACAUGUACUAAACAUAGGGACAAACAACUGGAUUUCUACUGUAACAAUCAUGAAGUUGUAUUAUGUUACGUUUGUGCUACACUGGAACAUAAACAAUGUAAAGUUGACUAUAUUCCUGAAGUUUCAAGAAACUUAUCCGAUGAGUUUAUAAAUAUCUCUAGGAAGAUUGAAAUGCUGAUCAAGAAGUAUGAAUCGAAAAUCAGACGAGCAGAAGCUGCGACGAAACAACUUGAUCAAAGUUACGGAAAGGUCGUUGAAGAAAUAAAGCUUUUCAGGAAAGAAAUAAAUGCAUACUUGGAUCAGAUGGAAUCUGUUAUGAUAAAGGAAGCCGAAACUCUUACUAUCACAGCAAAACUUAAACUGAAGAAUGUCCAGGUUGUAUGCGGAGAGAUAGCUGAGGAAGUGAGACGUUCACAGUUAGUUCUGAAUACCUUAAAUGAAGAAAACAAACACAAUAAACUUUUUAUUGAAAUGAAGAAUGCCGGAUCCGUUAUGACAAAGCUUGACGACAAAGGAAGACAAGCUAUCGAAGACAACAAAACAGAUGAUGACAUUAAAUUUUUCCGAAACAAAAAGAUACUUGAACAGUUGAAGAUUGCAAAAAACUUUGGCACUACUUUAACAUAUGAAACUCCCUCAUCAGAUAGGACAUUCGAAGUACAAUAUGAAAAAUCAUACUACAUGACAUUUUCAUCUGAUCAAUAUGAAUGUAAUAUCGUUGGAAUAGCAAUGAUUUCUGACACACGAAUGCUCGUGGCUGAUUAUAACAAUAAAACAAUUAAAAUGAUUAAUGCAGACACGGGAAAGCUGAUAUCAAGGAAGGCUCUGUCUUCGGCACCAUAUGAUGUAUUAAAACUUCCGGACAAUAAACUUAAAGUCGCUAUACCUAGUGAAAAGUGUAUACAGAUGAUGUCUUACAAUGACAGAAAAUUGUUAUUAGAUCAUAAAAUAGAUAUUGAAGGAGAGUGUAAGUGUGUAGCUUAUAGUCAAGGUAAGCUAGUAGUCGGCUGUGGUUCUAGUACAGGAAAGCUGGUUAUUUUAGAUACAACAGGAAAUAUCACACAGGUGUUUGAUACUCCUGGAUUGCUUGAUUCACCUCAAAAGAUUGUUAUCAGCAGUGAUGAGAAAUUCAUGUAUGUAUCAAAUUACAAGGGCACAUAUGCUGGCAAGUGUAUAAAAAUUGACUGGCAUGGUACGGUUGUACAUAUGUACGAGAAGAGGAAACAUGUGUUUCCAAAGGGAAUACAAGAGUUAGAAGAUGGAACGCUGCUGGUGUGCUACAGUAACAAUCAAAUUAUUAGACUGUCGAGCACCUUCAAGAAAUGUGAGGUCGUCGGAUUAGAGAAAGCAGACCUUUAUUACCCUAACUCUGUAGCAUACAGUGAAAAAGAUCACAGACUGUUUAUUAGUUCUUCUGAUUUGUGGUACAAUAAUAGAAAUAAUAGAAAUAAUACAAUCACGGUAUUCAAUGUAAGAUGGACUUAG